AUGGCUCGAUCACACUCUAGAUCACCAAAAUUGAGCCUUAGCCGGUCAGUGGCUCGAGUGCGUGUCCACUCACCGUCUCUCAGGCGAAAACCAGCCUCGAAUAGUAUUGAAAAUGAUCAGGAACUCGAGUUCUUAGGUAACGGAGGCGCUGACAACCUUAUCAACAAUGAGACUGGGACUGAGUUCGGAAGUGGGAAUAAGGUUAUGGUGGUGGUUGACGCAAGUGUGGAAGCUAAGGGAGCGCUUGAAUGGGCAUUAUCUCACACUAUUCAAAGUCAAGACACCAUUGUUCUUCUUCACGUGGCCAAGCCCAGAAAAAGAGCGUCUAAAAGGAAUCGUAAUCCAAGGGUGUAUGAACUGCUUCACUCAAUGAAAAAUAUGUGUCAAAUGAAAAGGCCAGGGGUGCAAGUUGAGGUGGCAACUCUUGAAGGAAAGGAGAAGGGUCCAAUAAUCGUGGAGGCAGCUAAGCAACAGCAAGCAUCACUUUUGGUGUUAGGGCAGAGGAAGAAAUCAAUGAUUUGGCGUCUAAUGAGGAGAUGGGCCGGGAAGAGAGGUCCCGCUGGAGUGGGGGAUUAUUGUAUCCAAAAUGCUUCAUGCAUGACAAUUGCAGUGAGAACGAAAAGCAACGAGCUUGGCGGCUACUUGAUUACCACAAAGCGUCACAAAAACUUUUGGCUUUUGGCUUGAUAAAUUGACCUUGUCAUUGCUUAUUAUUAUGUACUAUUUUAUUUUGAAAAUUCAG